ACAGCAGAAAGGAUACAUCUAAAUAAUUCAGAAACAUUUGAUUGUGGGAGUAGCUGUAAUGAUAUAGAAUAUGACUAUUUCUGUGUUUAGCCCUACUUCUCAUACUUACCUUGAGCUGCUGAUAUCACUGAAGCUGUUUUAGGUUCAUCAACUUCAUAUUACAUUUUUAGAUAGGUGUGAGGAUUAUCACAUCUGCUUAUAGUACUGGACACUAACAUAAUUCUAUCCUACAUCUAUUGGAGAUCCUAUCAAAGGACGAUGAACUGCUGAAACAGUCCUAACAAGUCAGAAAUCAUUGCCUUGAGGGAGCAGCUUUUGAUUGUACUUCUUAAAAGCUCUAAAAAGGAUAGACAAUGUUUCCUGAAGAGAAAAAGGAAGGAAGCCCCAGAUUUGGGAAGCUUCAUUUUCCUGUUGGACUCUGGAUUAAUUCUCCAAAGAAACAUUUUGCCAAAUUAGGCCGCCGCUGGCCUAGCGUUGGAUCCAUCAAAUCAACAACUUCAGACACAACCAGCCGCAGCAAUGAGACCGUGGAGCUACGUCAACCAACAAAGAACAAAAAUAAUCGUCAUAAACGACUAUCCAAUAUUUUUCAUCGUAGCACAAACAGUAUUAUUGGUAGCAUUAGUGCAAGCAGUGUAACAGGACGUUGGGCUAGUGAAAAAAAACUGUCAGAGAUCAUUGACACAGUGCCAGAGGACCUUGUGGAACUCUCUAGCCAAAAGAACCUACCAGGAAUUCUCAAGGUAUUUGGAGAUGACAUUUCUUCUGGAACCAACUAUAAGAGUGUUUUAGCAACUCCACGCUCCACUGCACGCGAACUAGUUAAAGAGGCAUUGGAAAGAUACGUAGUGCAUGAUUCAGAUAGAGAAUCUUUUGUCUUGUGUGAUGUUGUGGGUCGUUUUGUUGGACACGAUGGAGAUUGGAAGAUGGAGUACCUACGUAUUAUUGGGGACAAUGAACGGGCCUUAGUAUUGCAAGAGAUGUGGAAACCUAAAGCUGGAUUCUCUCGCCGGUUUGAAAUUAGACGCAAGCAGGAAGUGGAGAACAUGACAACAGCUGAGGAUAAUGAAACUGCAGGUAUCAAUGCUCAAGCUCGCAGGUUACAGAAGAGUCGAUCUCGUGCAGCAUCUGGGGGAAAUGUGCCAUUGAGAGAUCGAGAAGAUAGCAUUUCCCUUCGCCGCAGUAUAAGUGAUAUCAAUUUGAACACGAAAAAGCGUAGAGAAAGGAAAAGCAUAAAGAGCAUGGUGGCUAACAACACCAAUUCUACACAUGAUAGUUCAAGUGAAAAGGAUGUCGAUAAAGAGAUGCAAAAAUCAUCAGAAGGCACUCAUAAUGUUGAUAGCAUUAAUUUUCCUGCAGAGCAAAUUGACACCUUAGAUUUUGAAUGUUUGUCUCAAUGUUUAAUACAACCACCUACAGAACAUCCAUAUUUUAUUCUUCUUCAAGGUUACAACAGAGACCAGGAAUUUGUUAUAUAUGUGAUGACACGGAAGAAGCAUCUUUUUGGCAGAGCAGAAAAAUCUUCAAGAGACAAAGCUCCUUACGUUGACACUUUCCUCUCUGCUCCUGAUAUCCUGCCCCAACACUGUUGUGUAUGGCUUCUAGAUUCAUCUGGGCAGAAGAACAUAGUCCGUGUAAGGCCUUACCGUGGGGCUCUUGUAACGCAUAAUGGAGGGGUACUUCAAAGAGAAGCUGAAAUUCACACAGGGGAUUUAUUGGGACUUGGAGAACAUUUUCUGUUCAUGUAUAAGGAUCCCAGAGAGACCCAAAGCAGACCACUUUGGCUACCCGCGUCCUGGUCUUCAUCUGCUUUGAGUGGGGCCUUUUCAUGUCAAAUGUGUGGGCGAUCUCUGCAGGAGAGACAAGAAGCUGUCCAAGCAUAUAUAGAAAGCCGGGAUUUGAUAUUGCAGUAUCGAUCACAGGAAGAGGAUGUUGUGUUAAAAGAAAUUAUCGAGAAAACUGGUAACCCUAGUAUUGAGUUUAAACUAUCUCCUGCUUACCUCUUCAGCCUCUGCAUUGAACAUUCAACUCGAGCCUUGGAUCCUAGCCAUUUCCCCAAGCUAGUCAUGAAAAUUGCAACACUCAUCAAGGAAGUAGUUUGGGAGAAGAUAAAAGAGAUUAAAGACAAGCAACCUGAAAAUCAGCAGGACAAAACUUUCUUGAGCACACUGAGCAUUGAAGACGUGGCAUCUGACCUCAGACCCCUAAUGUUGUGGAUGGCAAACUCAAUGGAACUUCUCAAUUUUGUUCAAAGAAAAAUCUUAGACAUGGAAAAGGAAUGGGAAUCAGAAGGUAUUAAUCAGGAUGCUUUACUUUCAAGUGACCUAGAGGCAUGUGAAGAAUCCAUGGUCCUCCUUGAUGAAGUCAUUAUGUACACUUUCCAGCAGUGUGUAUACUACCUUACAAAGACAUUAUAUGCAGCUCUUCCAGACAUUCUAGAAAGCAAUCCAUUUACAGACCCCACAAAUCUGUCAGAUGUUGGAGAGUUAAAUAACAUGCCUGAAGGCACUCGUGGCACACUUGCCAUAUAUCAAGCUACAUUAGAUCUAACUCGGGAGUGUGAAUUGCAUCCAGAUCUUGUCUCCCAGACAUUUGGAUACCUCUUCUUUUUUUCCAAUGCUUCACUCUUCAAUACACUAAUGGAAAAAGGUAACGGGGAACCAUUUUACCAGUGGUCUAAAGCUGUUCAAAUACGUACAAAUCUUGACUUGGUUUUGGAUUGGCUGCAAGGGAUUGGUCUUGGUGACAUUGCAGCAGAAUUCUUCAGAAAGUUGUCUACUACUGUAAAUUUGCUGUGCAUUCCUAAAACCAGUUUGUUGAAGCUUUCAUGGAGCAAUCUUCAAAAUGACUAUCCAGUGCUAAAUAGUGCUCAGUUAAACCACCUAUUAAGAAAUUAUCAUCUAGGAGUGGGAAGAUCACAUCCAGCUGCAUGGGACCCUCCUGAGGAGGAAAAUAAUGAAAUUACAAACACAGACAUCUUUGAGAGUUUCACAGAUCAUCCACCGUUGAUCCUGCCUUGUGACAAUUUCCACCUUCAACUCUCUAAGUCCAUAAAAAAUGAUGCCUUUCACAAACUACUUUGUCAACUACGAUAUUUUGUUUGGGAUCUGGAGCAGAAAUCUCUGCCUGCUAAUCAGAGAACCUCAUACAGAAUGGAAAGCGAUCCGUAGAAGAAUUCCUUGAAAAUUAAACAUCACAACAAAUGUGAAAAGGAUUGGUGAAUGCUUUUUCGUAACCAUAAAGA